AGACAUGAUUGCAGAUAUUUCCGCUCUUAUGUUAGAUGUACAUAAACCAAAACCCAUUGACUGUGGGGAUAUUUACAAUGAAGGUAACAAUAAAACUGGCAUUUACACUAUUUACCCUACUUGCAAUAAGAAGUGGAUCUCAGUACGUUGCGAUAUGGACACAUCAGGCGGUAAAUGGACCAUUAUACAAAGGAGGGUUUCUAAAAGCGACUUUUAUAAGACAUGGGACGAAUACGAAACUGGUUUUGGUAAUCUAAGUGAUAAUUUCUAUCUUGGUAAUCGCAUUAUACAUGAGAUAACCAGCCAAGACAAAUAUCAGCUUCGAGUUGACCUUACCAGCUUUAAAGGAGAAUCGGCGUAUGCAGAGUACAGUCAGUUUUAUAUUGGUGAUUCUGAAUCCAGUUACAAGCUGCAUGUUGGUGGAUAUUCUAGUACUGCUGGUGACGCUCUUAAGCUUCAAAAUGGAAUGAAGUUUUCUACAAACGACAGAGACAACGACCUCUACAGUUCUAAUUGUGCAGUUUCAUUUCACGGUGCGUGGUGGUACAAUAAAUGUCAUAAUUCAAACCUUAACGGACUGUAUGGCUCUAACGACUACGGAAAGGGUACAAACUGGUACCAGUGGAAAGGUCAUUACACUUCGAUGGAAACAAUGGAAAUGAAAAUUCGUCGAAAGAAAUAGUUCGUUUCUACAGGUUAUAAUAACUUGUGUAUCUUGGAUAUUUGUACAGCAUCAUUACCUCCAGUGUUCCAAAUACAUCAUAUGAAAUAAUACAAUUUUGUUUGGAUUGCAAAAACGAAUACAUUGAGUUUUGUUUUUAUAUCAUAUUGCUAGCAUUUCAAUAUUCCAAUACCAUAAAUAUUAUCCGUCAAUUUUAAUUAUUUGUGUUUUAAACACUGUAAGUAUGAUAAAAUGUUGUUAUAAUCAUAUCAUCUAACAGACUUUGAUAUAUUUUAUAAUUAUGAAAGUGGUGUAGUUUAUUGAAAAUUUUAACAUUGACCAAUAUAUCUUUAGGCUCUUUAUUUAACAUAUUCUGUAAUAUUGUAUAGAAAUGUAUAUCUGAUGUUUGUGAUCACAAUUAAUAAAAUUCACUUUUGUUGUUAGCGUCUAUAGCUAAACGUUAAAGUACAAUUACUUCUUAAGUUUAUCAUUGGUGUUUUAUAUCAUGUAAGUACAUGUAUAAUGAAAUAAACUGUUGAUUAUAUAGUGUUACAUUUCAUAUUUAUGAAAGGCACGAAAAUUAUUUAACAUAUUUAGCUUAUAAAAAAAGAUUUCAGUACAAGUACUACUUUUUGUGUCAAUAUUUUACUUCUUGUAUAAUAAAGUUUGGAAACACUACCAAUUCAAACGAUUUAAAUAUAUAUAUACUUAUGUACCA